AUGAAAUCUACAACAUUUUCUGAUAAAGAUGUAGAAAAGGGAGAAGUUCAAAUUAAUGGAAGGGAAAUAGGAGGAGGAGGAGUAAAUAUAAAUAAUGACCAAAGACAAGUAACAACCCCUUCCUCCUCUUCUUCCCAAUUUGCUGUAAUUAUUAAAGGAAAACAAUUAAAUACAAAUAAAGUUCAAUUAAAUAAUAAUAAAAUAUCUCCUAAUUUGAUUUUACAAAAAGAAGAAAAAAUUGGUAAAAAUGGAAGAAAAUGGAGAGGACAUCAAGGAAGAAAUAGAGUAUUUUGUGAUGGAAGGUUUAUUAUGGCUCGACAAAGUUCAGUUUUCGUGUUAACAUUUCUACUUAUAAUUUUUACUAUGACCCUGUUUUGUAUUUUUGAUUUACCAUUUUUAACUCAAAAAGUAUCAAUUGCAAUUCCAAUAGUUUCUAGUUUACUUUUUCUUUUGGUUAUUUCUUCUCUUUUACGUGCAGCUUUUACCGAUCCAGGUAUUAUACCUCGUGCUACUCCUAGAGAAGUUCUUGAAUUGGAGAAACAAUGCCAAGAAUCUGAUCCAUUCUUCCAACGUGAUGAAUGGCUUCAACCUAGAACUCGAAUAGUUAAUAUUCGUGGCCAGCAAGUUAAAUUAAAAUAUUGCUUUACUUGUUGUAUUUUUAGGCCUCCUAGAUCUUCGCAUUGUUCAAUUUGUGAUAAUUGUGUUUUAAAUUUCGAUCAUCAUUGCCCUUGGCUAGGAAAUUGCAUUGGUUUACGCAAUUAUAGACAUUUCUUUAUGUUUGUUACAUCUCUUUGGAUAUUAGAUGCUUUUAUGGGUGUUUGUGUUGGAUUACAUUUUUAUUUGUUGAGUAUUGAAAAAGGCACAUUUAUGGAUGCUUUGAAGGAAACACCACCUUCAUUAUUAACAGGUUUUCAAAACUUUGUCCACAAAAUGUUUUUCCAACAAUUUUUAGGUGUAAUUAACAUAAUUUCAAUUUGGUCUGUGUUGGGUCUUUCUGGUUUUCACAUUUAUUUAUUAGCUCUUGGACAAACUACAAACGAAGAUAUUAAAGGAACUUUUAGUCAAAAAUUACAUCCUCAAGUUAAAAAUCCUUAUAAUUCUGGAAAUUGUUUUAAAAAUAUUUUGAAUGCUAUUUGUGUUCCUGAAUAUCCAAGUCUACUCAAUUUGAGAGGUUAUUUACCACCGGAGGAAGGCCCAAGUAUUCUUGUAAACUCAGAAAUACUUGAUAGAAUGGCAUUAAAACGUCAACAACAAAAUUACGGAACAACAAAUGAAAGGAAAGGAAGACAAAAAAUUGUGGUGGAAGAAGAGGGAGGACGUUCUAGUGAUGGUGGAGGAGGUGUUGCUUCUUGCCCUUGUAAGUUAGACAACAAAAUUUUUUUCGGACAAAACUCGCCGGAUUUUUUCAGAAUUAAUUUUUUGAAAUUGAUAAUGAUAAGUAAGCGAUAUUCCAAAAAUUUCCUCCAUUUUCCCAAAAGUCUGAAAGUUAUUAUUAAUUCUUGA